CCAGUUUUUGGCUCUCACGAACUGCGAACAACGAAGUGUUGGCCAAGUCGUCGUCAGUUACCAAUCGCAGCUUGAGUCGAAAGGCAACAUUGUCCAGCCAUGAAGCAGUUUAUAGUUUUGUUGGUCGUUGGUUUGAUCGCUGCCACCAGGGCGGAUGUGUCCCAUUUGGUCACGCCGGAGCCAAAGGUUCCGGCUAGUCCGUAUGUGUUCAGCUACCAGGCUGGUCGAGCACCCGGCCAUGUGGAUCGCCAGCACACUGAGGUGUCCGACGGAUCGGGUGUCAUCCGCGGCGUCUUCUCCUAUGUGGAUCCCAAGAACCAGGUGCGCACCGUGCAGUAUGUGGCCGACGAGCACGGUUUCCAUCCUCAGCUGAGCCACAAACUGGAGGACAGUGCCGCCGUCCAGGCAGCCAAGCAAAGGCAUUUCGCGGCCUACAAUCGGAUUGCGCAAGAGCAUGCUAGCCACAUUCCAGGCCAAGUCGCACUGGCAAACGCUCCACAUGCCAGCGCCGCCGUUGCACAUGCCACACAGAAGCAUCUGAGCGCCUUCGAGCGGAUCGCAGCCGAGCAUGCGGCCAUUGGACGCCAGCAGGAGGCACAGCGUCUGGCACUGGCCGCCCAAUCCGAGCAUGGUGACGUCGAGGAUGGUCAGUACCACCCGUAAAAGAUGAUGUUCUGAAAGAGUAAACUUUGCUAAAAGAGUUUCCAGAAAUAAAUAAAUCAAUGUAUAUGAAACAGGUGAUCUAAAACAGAGAUUAAACAAAAUAAACAUGAAAUCAUUUAACCAGAAAAA